CGAGGUUUUCAUCCAUUUUGGUGUGCUACAUGUGCACUUGGUUUUCCUCAUCAAGUUGCUUAUCAAGAUCAUUUACGAAGUCAUAUUCCAUGUAAUGUCCCUGGUUGUUCAUAUGCAGCAUCGGAACAACUCGUUCGAAUUCAUCAUCUAAAUAUUCAUGAAAAUAAUCUUCGUAAUCGAAUGAGUAAUAAUAUAUUACAUCAAACACGUCCAAUGUU